AUGGAUUUGGACCCUGAUCUUAUUUGGCAGAUGGGCGAUAGUAUGCUGAUGGACCUGAAUACCACCAAUGCCUAUAAUCGUCUUUUGAAUCGUUGCAAGAAAAUCUUCAAAGAUAAGAUUGUCAUGGACGUGGGCUGUCGGAGUGGAUUGCUGAGCAUGAUGAGCGUGGAUGCUGGAGCUUUUAAGGUCAUAGCUGUGGGAAGUCAUGAAAGUGCCAUGUGUGUGAAGGAUGUCUUGGCAGCGAAGGACAAUGGCGAGAAGUUGGACGUAUUCGAGUUUGUCGAGGGCGACAUUGAUGCGAUCCGGCUGCCGGGUGGCUUGAAAAAGGUGGAUAUCAUAGUGUCGGAGUGGCUGGGUCACUCCAUAUUUGUCGAAUCACUCUUCAAUGAAGUUAUCUAUGCCCGGACUGUCUAUCUAAGAAAGGGCGGACUUAUCAUUCCCAAUAAAGUGGUCCUAAUGGCCAGUGGAAUGGAAUACUGUUUUAGGCCCGAAAACGAUGCGGAACCAGUAACCGUAGUCGACGACUACGUGAGCGGUGACCGGAUAUGUACAGACCAAGCUUUCAUUAAGGAGGUUGAUCUUAACAAUGCCAAUAUAGAUGACGAUACCUUCAGGGCUAAGUUCCAGCUGAAAGGCUUGAAGAAGUGCCGACUGGGAGCGGUGGUUCUCCACAUGGAAGUGGGUUUUACUCGUCCGGAUGGUCGGACGAAAGCUAUCUUCUCCACAAGCCCAGAUUUUCCUCCCACCUAUUUGAGGCAAACCGUCCUAUUCGUAGACGGAGUGGUAGAGGUGGACUCGGAAGAGAUCUUAGAUGGAACAUUUGGCAUGUAUCGAAACGAAAGGGAAGCUCGUAAGGUUCAGUAUUCCCUUACCUUUCCGAAGUACGAUGGAGAAUCUUCAUCUGAUUCCGAUUCUGAUGAAUCGAUGAAGUCUGAGGAAUCGAUGAAGCCUGAUACUACGGAAUCGUCAGACCCAGACGUGCAGAUUGGAAAUGGGUCUUCGGAUGAGACUAAGGAGUCUGAGGAGGACGCUGCGAAUGGAACUGAAAUUGCAACUGAGAAUGGGUCUGAGUAUCAGCCUAAGGAUCAGGCUGAGCCUCAACCUGAUUUUCAGCCUGAGUAUCAACCUGAAUAUCAUCCUGAGUAUCAGCCUGAGUAUCAAACUGAGAAUCAUCCUAAGUAUCAACCUAAGUAUCUACCUGAGUAUUGUCCUGAGUAUCUGCUUGAGUAUCAUACUGAGUAUAAAUCUAAGAAUGAGUCUAAAAAUAUGAUUCAGGAUAUGGAGCAGCCCAACACUGAGCCGAAAUUCACUUCUAUGGAUAAUCUUGUCCCUCAACAGAUGCCUCUGGAGGAGUUUAAGGCCCUGUUUAAGGCUCCUGGUUUCUACGUAGAACGCGAUCCAAGUGAAUUCCUUUAA